AUGGGAAAUACUGGCGUGCUUUUGCAAUCGAUUGACCGUAACCAAAGAACCAUCAAAUUCUCAGAAUACAAAGGUAAAACUGUUGCCAUCGAUGGUGAUGACUUUCUUCUUGAGGGAGCUUCCCAUGCUACGUUGGCGCUUGCGUGGAAUCAUCCCGUCAAUGCAUAUAACGACUAUUUGCUGAAAUUUAUUCAGUUGCUUGAAGAAAAUGGUGCAACACCUAUUGUGGUCUUUGGCGGUCUCACUCUCCCUUUCAAGCAAAGCAUGAAUUAUGAAUAUCGCAAAGCCCGUCAUGCUGCAAUGAACAGACACUCGAAUCUGCAGGAACAAGAAGAGCUUUUUGAAAUUGAGUCUAGCAUUGUGGAAUCAUUAGACAUCUCAGAUGACAUGGCCAUUGCCACCAUUGCAGAAUUGAUAGAAAAGAAGAUUAAAUGCAUUGUAGCGCCAUGCGAAAUUGCUGCUCAACUGACAUACUUGGUAAAGACAGGCAAGGUGGAUGCUGUCGUCUCUGAGGAUCCUGAACUCUUGGCUUUUGGUUGUCCAAAGUUUAUUCACAAGAGUUCUAUCUCUGAAGAAUAUAUCGAAUUCUGCAUGGAUAGAGUAUCCAAUGACAAGAGAAACAAGUUUCGAACAUACGGUGCUGACACUUUUCGACACAUCUGUAUGUUAUCUUUAGCCGGCUGUAAUUACCUAGUUGACGUUGAAAGUACUGUCUUCAGAGCAUUACUGAGAGUGUAUGAAGGCAACAACAACAGCACUGAUCAAGUAUUACGCGUCUUGCAGAAGCGAUUCGAGGAAAAGUUCCUUCUGGACUAUCUUAAAAAAUUUCACAUUGCAGAUCUUGGUUUCAUGUGUCAAUGGGUCUACGAUAUGGAUAAAAAGAACUACGUGCGCUUGAAUCCACUUCCAUCCGAUUGUUCGGAGGAAGAUGUCAAGUUGCUGGGCAGAACCCCAACCGUACAAGACUCCAUUAAGUUCAUUGUCAACGAGAUCGCCCCCAAGAGCAAGCCCUUAAAUUUAAAAGAGCGCAUUACAGAAAAGCUUCAGGCUUAUGUUAAAUCAGCAAAAGAGAAUAUCAUGCGUUCACUUUUAGGAAGGCCAUUCUUAGCGGCAGCACCCAAAUCACAAAAGUCACCCAAAUCACAAAAGUCACCCAAAUCAUCUACAUUAGCAUCUAGAACGGAACCAAAACGAAUGUUUUCUAAAAUGAGUAAUGUUACCACAGUAUCAGUGUCAGGGGCCACAGCAACUGGAGAUUUCUCUGCAUCAACCUCUGCACAAGUCUCACCCCACUUGCCUAGACCUACAGUGGCAACACCUAGAGAGUCAACACAAGGCGAAAGACUUGAAGCCCCAAAUAAGAGAUUCGGCACGUUACCAGCACCAUCUCGACAAGUUUCUAGUGAGCCAAUUGCUGCAUGUCCUUCAGUUUCAUCACCUCCUUCAGCUGAACAGCCUUUGAUGCCUUUGACUGAAGCAAGCACAACUUCAACAACAACAACCGAACCAGACGCUGUUGUACUAACUCAAUCAAACACGGUUGUUGCAACUCAUGACGAUUCCAUCUCUCCUCUUCGUAUCCCAAAAAAUAUGGCGUCAAAGUUUAAUAACGAGAAAUCCAAGAAAAGAUCGUUUGAUCAGACAGAGCACAGUGCUUCCACGAUGCAAGGCAAUAGUCCUAAAAGAUACAUUUUAUCACUCAAAGCUCACAACAGCUAUCAAAAGAGCAAUACAGCUAUAUACAAAACACUGACUACAAUGCCAUAUCGUCAGAGAACUCAAGCUAGUGAUCCGGCACAGCCUAUGAAUAUGAUGCCAUUGUCUGCGCCUUCUAAUACUCUCAACAAGCUCUCAAAAACCAAUAUAUCUAAAGCAACAGCAGCAGCAGUAGCAGCUACUAUUACGACGGCUGCUAGCACACCUCAACAAGUAUCAAAUGACCAUGUGCUGCCAAGCCUCAAAGGCGAGCAAUCGAGGAAAAGAACCUUUGAUCAGACCGAUCAGACCGAUCAGACCGAGCAUAGUUCAUCCAACAUUCAAGGCAAUAGUCGCAAAAAGCAUCAUCCUCGUUGA